UCACUCACCGCUCGUGACGCCAGAGGCAUGCAGUCACCUAACGUGCUCUUGAAUGCAUCUGACGUGAGCCUUUCUAUUAUGUGUAUGUGACGGCUUGUUUAACAGUACUUUACACUCGUUCGCCAUUCAAUCCGGUAAUAAAGUGUAUGAGAAGAUGUCAGAGAAGCGAUACUCCAGCAUGGACGAGUCCUCGCUCCGCAGUCUGCUUGAUAAAACUAUCGACAUAGACGAGCGGCGUCUGAUCCGGACAGCGAUCCGGGAGCUGCGGCGCUGUGAGAUUGAAGAAAUAGAGGCAGCGCUAACCAGCAAGCGCUUCAGACGUGCCCACCAGAACAGACAUGAGGAUAAAGAAAACCAGUGUCGUCCUGAUCUGACAGCUUCUUUAGACGUGCUGUCGGGGAAGAUUCAGGCUAUACAUGACAUUGAAGAACUUACUGGACUGUUACAAAGCGCCAGUGAAUAUGAAGAGAGAAAACUCAUUCGGGCAGCCAUUCGCCGGCUGAGAGAUGAGGAGAUACGAGGAGUAUUAGAGAAGGUUCAGACCACUGGCCAGAGAACAGAGCGACGACAAAAUCCUCAAAGCAGCUUUGACCUGCAGGACGGUCGAGAGAACAUCAAGGUAGAAGCUCUCGUUAGCCAAUCAGAGAGAAUUGAGAACCACAGAGAAGCCUCGAGCCCUGACAUGGUUUUAGUACUAGAUCCUUUGGUCAGAGAGAAAGUCUCUUGUCCUCUGACUCAGCGGAUCCAAUGCGAUCAUCGCUCGCCCUCCUCAGAAGUCAUUCCUUCAUACCGAGAGCGUUCAGACUCCGGAGAAUCGAAUGACAGCAGCUCCCAUCAGAGAAAGAGGCUGAACUCCAGCGCCUCAGACCGUAGCCACGAAUCCCUGUCUACUGCUGAACCUCAUCUGACAGACCAGAGCUCACCGUCAGGUCCGGCUGCAGAGCAAGUGAGGGCAGCUGUGAGUUCAGAGGCUCUGCAGACGGAUCGAGACCUGAAGACACUUGACAAUGGCCUGGAGACGACUCUCUUUCAGAGCACAGCAGCUUCACAAGCAUGCACACUGAAUGAGACGAGUAAAAGAGCUGAGGACGUCUCAGGACAGAAGAUCACAUCAGGUAGAGACGCUCUCCUGACUUCUCUCACUAAUGGCAAGGAUACAGAUUUUAAAAACAAAGCCUCAUUCUCGGGGCCCGUCAUUCGCGACAGGAUGCGCAAGUUCACCGAACCUGUUACGAACGCACCUAAAAUCAGCCGCAGUUCGUCUCAUUCCACAAACACAGUGUCUGCAGAGAGGUCCUCGUCCUGUUCUUCCUCCAUCCCAAAGAAAGAGAGGAAUGUGACUGAGAACAUGUUGGCCCAGCCCAGGCUUUUCUCCAGCCAAUCACACGCCGCAGUGGGCGGCUCACACGGCUGCACUGAAAAUGUCAGGCGUGCGUGUAGCAGUUCAGAAGAAGUGCAGACUCCUGAGGGAGAAGCAUCUUCAGAGACCCACGACACCCGAGGUGAACCCGAGUCCAACAUGAAGACCUUCCUCAGCAUUGAGAUCAAAGACGGACGAAACCCAUCUUCACUGUCAUCGCCCUCUGCAGCCAUAAACAUGAGCCCUCGAAUCAUCACAUCUACUGCUCCACAGAGAACAGAGCUGACGCUUGGUUUAAGAGCGACACCGUUCAAAGUGACCAGCUCAAGUCUCUCGUCUGGAUCCUCAGUUAAGAUGGAGACGGAGCCCAUUUCUCUUGUGGGUGAAUCUGUGUGCGAGGCGUCCCGUGACGUCCCUGUGCUUCCUAACGGAUCAUCCAUGACCUCCAUCAAAAGUGAGGUGCAAAGUGAGAAGCUGACCUCAGAGAAGCUGCAGGAGAUUGAGGACGAGGAGAUCCUGGACAAAAUGCUUGAUGAUUGCAAAGACUUUGAAGAAAGGAAAAUGAUCAGGACUGCAAUGAGAGAACUGCGAAAGAAAAAGCGAGAGGCUAGGCUGGGAUGCACACAGGAGGAAAUGGACCAGAGAGAGAAGGAGCGAGAUCAGCGUCUGCUGGAGCUCAGGCAGCAGCGGGAGGAGAGAUCUCAGAAAGCCCGUGUGGGUGCAGACACCAGUGAGGUCGUGGUGAAGAAGAUCGAGCGCUCCACUGACGGCUCCGCUAUCAGUCACAUCACCAGUCGCGUUUCCCAUUCAGAUGAUGCUGGCAGGACGUCCCGCAGCACUAUCAUGGAAUCCAGCUAUGUUCAAAAGACAGACAAGGGAACCGUGCAAACAAAAUCCUACAGUUACUCCAGCACCACGUCCACUAGGAAGGUCGGCAGUGUUUUUGACCGUGAGGACAACACGUCUCGUACCUCCAGCAGAACAUCAGCUCUUGAGCGCAGACAGGCGGAGAGAACGGAGCUGAUGAGGGCUCAGACAUUACCCAAGACAUCUGCAGCACAGGCACGAAGAGCCAUGAUCGAGAAGUUGGAGAACACUGGAGGCUCUGGAGGCAACUCGGCCAUUGCUCAAGUAAACAAGGUGCAGCGCUCCACAAGCUUUGGUGUCCCCAACGCCAACUCCAUCAAACAGAUGCUGCUGGACUGGUGCAGAUCCAAGACCCGUUCCUAUGAGAAUGUGAACAUCCAGAACUUCUCCUCCAGCUGGAGUGACGGGAUGGCGUUCUGCGCUCUGGUGCAUAACUUCUUUCCAGAGGCCUUCGAUUACUCCAGCCUCAGUGCCGCAAACCGCAAGCAGAACUUUGAGGUGGCCUUCAGCACAGCAGAGGCCUGUGCUAACUGUAUGCCCCUGCUGGAGGUGGAGGACAUGAUGAUCAUGGGUAAGAAACCAGACCCCAAGUGUGUGUUCACAUACGUGCAGUCACUGGUGAACCAUCUGCGCAAGCAUGAGAUGAUGAUGGCGCGUGCGCAGCGGACCUCUGACUUCUGAUGCUCGCUUUACCUGCGGUUUUCAUUCUGAUCCUGUUACAUUUCCACAGUUAAGAUUGUGUUUACUGUCCAGACAGAUCCAAACAGCUCCUUCUGUAACAGCUGUAAAAACUCAAUAGGGAUUUUUUUACACUAGUUUGUUUAAACAAACAGUAGUUUGUUCCAAAAAAAAAUUUACCGAGAUGGUUUGUUGAUGGUAAAAUAAUGAAAAUUCCAAGUUAUAACUCCCAAGAUGCCUAUUGCUUGAUUCCAUGUGCUAAAAACGAAGCAUUAUUUGAUGUUGAUUGCCCAUAUCUAUAUGGUUUUUAAAAGCCUUUAAACCUGUUUCACGGUACUGUUGCUGUUAAUGGAGCUCAGACCCGCAUGCUUUCACAAGUCUACUUGAAGUUUUAGUUCUGUUUCAAAAACAAAUGAAGGUUAUAUUUUCAUCUGUAUGCGAUACUGUGUUUAUUUAAAAACAUUGCAAGGAAUAUUAAUCUCACUGCUUGUUUAGUGCAAGAUGCAGCUCGUGAACUGUUUUUAAAUGUUUUUCUAAUUGAAAGUUUGGUUUUACACUGAACACAGAACAUUCAGGCGUCAGCCUCAUUUUGAAGUGAUAUAAAAUACACAAACAUGCAUGCAUAGAUGCACUUAUGAUCUGUCCUUAUUUAUGGAUGAGUUUAUUUUGGAUUUGUUGAUAUUCCUGAACUUCAUUUGGAAGCAAUGGAAGUUUGUCCCAAAACAUUAGCCUAAAGGAUCUGUUUUUGUACAUCUUUACAGCAUGGCUUUCAGCCAGUAAUUGAAACCGUGUAUAUAUGAGCAACCCUAGUCGAGUCCAUUUGAGAAGAGUAAUAAUGUUUUAGCAGUAAAUUCAUCUGAGAAGGUCAAUGAUGUUUAUAUAUUUGGUUCUAAAGAUUAAGGUUGUAGUUUUAAUUGUUUUAAUGACUGCACAUAAUUUAAUUUUGAAGACGAAACCCAGCUACUGCCACAGCCAUGCCAGAGAGUGACUUUGUUUGGUGCUUGAAGGUUGCAUGAGUAGAGCUAAUUAGCAUUCAUUCACACUGAAAGGUGAACAUUGUUCAUUGAACAUUGUUUGUACACACUCGUUCAAAAACUAUUGUUCACUCAGUAUUGCCCUACACCAUGGUUUUGUAUAGUAAUCAUUAAAACCAUACACGAUACCAA